CUUACGCGACAGACAGCGAGAAGACACGACUGACAGCGUUAACACAACUCCCUUAAGACAACGAACACUUAACGAGAUAUCAACCAUGUCACUUCGUCUGCUUGUAUUUCUUGGUUCAACCCGAGAGGGAAGGAUGGGUGAAAAUGUCGCCAAGUGUGUGAUUAAUAUGCUUAAGGAGAAGGAACAUCAAGUUGAUCUUGUGGACCCUCUGAUAAUGCAAGACGGUCACAUCCACCAGCCACUCCACUUCAUGAAGAACCAAGAUGAAGCCCCCGAGUGGAUGAAAACGACCCACGCAUCCAUCCAGGCGGCCAACGGAUUUGUCAUAGUGACCCCUGAAUAUAACAGUACACUCCCACCUGCGCUAACGUCGAUUAUGGACCAUUUUCCUCCAGCUGCGUUCAGACACAAACCCUGCGCUAUCGUCACUUACUCCAUGGGGAGCUUUGGAGGAAUCCGCUCGGCCGCCGCUGCCAGGCCCUUCCUCAGCGAGCUCGGGAUGGUCUCGCUCCCCUCCGUCUGCAUCAUUCCCCAGGUUGUGGGCAAAUUCGAUUCGGAAGGCGUUUGCACUGACGACAGGAUCCAGAAAAAUCUUGCCAAAAUCGUCAGCGAGAUCCAGUGGUAUGCAGACGCGAUGGAGGAGAAGAAGAAAGUCAGUGGCGUUCCUUCUUAAAUAACGCCGGUGCAUCUUUCUGCAAUAGCAACGGUGCAUAUUGUCGACAGCAUCCCUCCUGCAAUAGCAACGGUGCAUAUUGUCGACAGCAUCCCUCCUGCAAUAGCAACGGUGCAUAUUGUCGACAGCAUCCCUCCUGCAAUAGCAACGGUGCAUGUUGUCGGUCGCGUAUCUUCUUAAAUAUCUACGGUGCAUUUUGUCGGAAAGCCUGGAAGGUAUAUAUCUUGUGUUUGGUGAUAACUGAUUUAUAGAUUAGCUCUUGUCAUUUACAUGUUAUGAGUGACAGUUGUUGCUCUAAUGCUUGGUAUUUUUAAUUCUUUUAAAACAGACAAUUAUAUCCUUCCAUGCUAGAAUUAUGUAAUGAUCUCGCGUCUUCUAUACAUGUUUUUUUGAUGUUUUAGAUUUCAAAUUAUACUCUAAUAUAAAAGAUCGUAUAUAUA